GCCGGGCCCGCGGGAAGGGCGGCCCGGUGGGGUUUAGGAGCGCGGGGCUGUUAGUCCGAGUGUCCAGGCGAGACCAGGCCUCGAGAGGUUGUGGUUUGCUGGGCGCCGUACGGAUUCGCGUCCCAGGGGCUCCCGUGGAGAACGUGUCCCAGCGGCACAGGCUGGCAUAACUUACCUGGAGCGGCUGAGACCCUGAGAUGUUCAGAGGGGGGUUUGUCUCGCAGACCCACACAGCCUGCGUUUCAGCCAUCCUCUGUGUCCGCCCGAGACCGAGAGUAGGCCAGCAUGCCCAAGAUAACCCUGAAUGGGGUGACAGUGGACUUCCCUUUCCAGCCAUACAAAUGCCAAGAGGAGUACAUGAGCAAGGUCUUGGAGUGUCUGCAGAAGAAAGUGAACGGCGUUCUGGAGAGCCCCACGGGCACGGGGAAGACCCUUUGUCUCCUCUGCAGCACGCUGGCCUGGCGGGAGCACCUCCGAGACGCUGUCUCUGCCCGCAGGAUUGCCGAGAGGGCGUCAGGGGAGCUCUUCCUUGACCGCGCCUUGGCGUCCUGGGGGAACGCUGUCCCGGAAGGAGAUGUCCCAGCGUGCUACGCGGACGUCCCAAAGAUCAUUUACGCCUCCAGGACCCACUCGCAGCUCACUCAGGCCAUCAGGGAGCUCCGGAACACCUCCUACCGGCCCCGAGUGUGUGUGCUGGGCUCCCGGGAGCAGCUGUGUAUCCAUCCUGAGGUGAAGAAGCAGGAGAGUAACCACAUGCAGGUCCACUUGUGCCGCAAGAAGGUGGCAAGUCGCUCCUGUCACUUCUACAACAACGUGGAAGAGAAGAGCCUGGAGCAGGAGCUGGCCAGCCCCAUCCUGGACAUCGAGGACCUGGUCAGGAGCGGGACCAGGCACAGGCUGUGCCCCUACUACCUGUCUCGGAACCUGAAGCAGCAGGCCGACAUCAUCUUCAUGCCCUACAACUACCUGUUGGACACCAAGAGCCGCCGUGCACAUGGCAUCGACCUGAAGGGGACGGUCGUGGUCUUCGACGAAGCUCACAACGUGGAGAAGAUGUGUGAGGAGGCCGCGUCCUUUGACCUGACGCCCCACGACGUGGCUUCGGGACUGGACGUGAUAGACCAGGUGCUGCAGGAGCAGACCAAGGUGGCGCAGCAGACCGAGCUCCACCCGGAGUUCAGCGCGGACUCCGCUGGCUCAGGGCUGAACUUGGAGCUGGAGGACCUCGCGAAGCUGAAGACGAUCCUGCUUCGCCUGGAGGGGGCCAUUGACGCCGUGGAGCUGCCUGGAGGUGACGGCGGUGUCACCAAGCCUGGGAGCUACAUCUUCGAGCUGUUUGCCGAAGCCCAGAUAACAUUUCACACCAAGGGCUGCAUCCUUGACUCCCUGGACCAGAUCAUCCAACACCUGGCAGGACGUGCGGGGCUGUUCACCAGCACAGCGGGGCUGCAGAAGCUGGCAGACGUCAUCCAGAUCGUGUUUAGCGUGGACCCUGCUGAAGGAGGCCCCGGUUCCAUGGUGGGGCCGGGGUGUCAGUCCUACAAGGUGCACAUCCACCCUGAUGCUGGUCACCGGAGGACAGCUCAGCGGUCAGAUGCCUGGAACGCCACGGCGGCCAGAAAGCAAGGGCUGGCCCAGGACAGCGUGGGCUCCGAGCCGCGCCUCCAUCCUCCCCACCGAGGAGCAGGUCCCGUCCCGGAAGUUGGAAAAGGCUUCUCUGGUCCCGGAACGUGGUUUGCUCUUUUCUGGGGAGCGUUCCUGCUGCCCUGUGACGCGGUCGGAUCCGAGAGUCACGUUUCCAGCAUCCGCUGUGCUCUUCCAUCUCCGGUUUCCGGAGCCGCUGGGAGCGCAUGGAAGGUGCUGAGCUACUGGUGCUUCAGCCCUGGCCACAGCAUGCGUGAGCUGGUCCGCCAGGGCGUCCGUACCCUCAUCCUCACCAGCGGCACGCUGGCCCCCGUGUCCUCCUUCACCCUGGAGAUGCAGAUCCCUUUCCCAGUCUGCCUGGAGAACCCACACGUCAUCGACAAGCACCAGAUCUGGGUGGGGAUUGUCCCCAAAGGCCCCGACGGAGCCCAGCUGAGCUCCGCCUUUGACAAACGGUUCUCUGACGAGUGCUUGUCGUCCCUGGGGAAGGCGCUGGGCAACAUCGCCCGUGUGGUCCCGCACGGGCUCCUGGUCUUCUUCCCUUCCUACCCCGUCAUGGAGAAAAGCCUGGCGUUCUGGCGGGCCCGUGACUUUGCCAGGAAGCUGGAGGUCCUGAAGCCCCUGUUCGUGGAGCCGAGGACCAAAGGAGGCUUCUCGGAGGUGAUGGAGGCUUUCUACACGAGAGUCGCCGCCCCCGGGUCCAGUGGGGCCGCCUUCCUGGCUGUGUGCCGGGGGAAGGCCAGCGAGGGGCUGGACUUCGCAGACGCGAAUGGCCGUGGAGUGAUCGUCACGGGCCUCCCAUACCCGCCCCGCAUGGACCCCCGAGUUGUCCUCAAGAUGCAGUUCCUGGAUGAGAUGAAGGGCCAGAAUGGGGCCCGGGACCAGCCCCCCGCCCCGGCCCCGCAGUUCCUCUCCGGGCACGACUGGUACCGGCAGCAGGCGUCCAGGGCUGUGAACCAGGCCAUCGGGCGGGUGAUCCGUCAUCGCCAUGACUACGGGGCUGUCUUCCUCUGCGACCACAGGUUCAGCUCCGCGGACGCCAGAGCCCAGCUGCCCUCCUGGGUGCGUCCCCACGUCAAGGUGUAUGACAGCUUCGGCCACGUCAUCAGAGAUGUGGCCCAGUUCUUCCGCGUCGCUCAGAGAACCAUGCCCGUGCUGGCCCCCCGAGCUGCUGCUCCGAGUCUGGGCGAAGGAGAAGGCACUGCCUCGGUGGCCGUGUCACCCGGCCCCCUCCGCACCAGGAAGGCCAUGAGUCUGGACGUGCACGUCCCUAGCCUGAGGCGCAGAGGCACGGGCUCGCCGGUCGCCGGGGAUGCCGAGGGCAGCCUUUGUGUGGAGUACGAGCAGGAGCCCGUCCGGGCCCAGCGGAGGCCCGUGGGGCUGCUGGCCGCCCUGGAACACAGCGAGCUGCUGGCCGAGGGGCCUGGGGAGGAGGCCCUCCCCACGGAGGAGGAGGCCCCCCGCCACUCCGCCCCGUGGGGCCCUCGUGAGAAGAGGCCAGCGGAGGAGCAGCGUGGCAGGCGGAGGAAGGUCAGGCUGGUCGGCGGCCCGGAGGGGCCAGAGGCCGGCGCGGACACGGGCGGGGCCAAGCUGUUCAUGGCGGCCGUGAAGCAGGCGCUGAGCCAGGCCAGCUUCGACACCUUUACCCAGGCCCUGCGGGAUUACAAGAGCUCCGAUGACCUCGCCGCCCUGGCCGCUCACCUUGGCCCCCUCUUUGCCGAGGACCCCAAGAAGCACAGCCUGCUCCAAGGCUUCUAUCAGUUCGUGCGGCCCCACCACAAGCAGCAGUUUGAGGAGGUCUGCCGCCAACUGACGGGCCGAGGCUGCAGCUCCCGGCCUGAGCAUGGCCCCCGGAGGGAAGGAGCACAGCCGGCCCUGGACCCCAGCGGAAGGAGGGAGCCUGACCCCAAGCUGACCGUGUCCCAGGGUGCAGCCAGGCAGCUGGACCCCCGCGAGCACCUGAACCAGGGCCGGCCCCACCUGGCCUCCGGGCUGCUCCCUGCAGGAGACCCCAGCCGCCGGCCUCCUGAGGGGUCUGGAGCCCCUGGAGCAAAGAAGCACCCACCCGCUGUGAGUGCCUACCUGGCCGAUGCCCACAGGGCCCUGGGGGCCACAGGCUACAGCCAGCUCCUGGCGGCGCUGACCACUUACAAGCAGGACGACGACUUCGAGAAGGUGGUGGCCGUGGUGGCCUCACUCACCACCGCAAAGCCUGAGGACUUGUCCCUGCUGCAGAGCAAGUGGCCCGCGUGGGGGGCGGGCAGUGCGGGUUCGGCAUGUUCGUGCGCCCGCACCACAAGCAGCGCUUCCGGCAGACGUGCGCGGGCCUGGGCACCCAGGCUCCAGGACCCUGGGAGGGGAGCCCUGCUGCGCCUUCCGACCUCGUCUGCGGGGCUCGCGGGCCAGGCCCUUCGCAGCCAGAGAAACCCCCCGGGAAGACCCAGAGCAAGAUCUCCUCCUUCCUUACGCAGAGGCCGGCUCGGGGGGCGGGGGCUCCCGGCCGGCCCCCCCCUGCCCCCUGCGGGCAGGCACAGUCUGAGUGGGUGGGCUUGGCGUGUCCUGGCUGCAGGGCGGAGGACGUGGUCCCCUUCCAGUGCCCCUCCUGCGACUUCCACUGCUGCCGGGCCUGUUGGCGACAGCACCUCCAGGCCUCUAGGACGUGCCCAGCCUGCCAUGCUGCCACCAGAAAGCAGAGCCUCACGCAGGUCUUCUGGCCGGAGCCCCAGUGAACGCUGAGACCCUCUGGGCGCUGCAGGGUCUGCGGAGGCUGAGGCUGCUCCUGCCUGGGGCGCAGCCUGGACACUUGCCUGUCGGCUGGGGGUGGGCCAGGCCUGAUAACCAGAAACCCCUUGGCCAAGAGCGCACCUGACGGGGAGGCCAGUCCAGUGUCCGCGGGGAACCUCUGAGACGGCAGCAGGAUCUCGGCCCCCUGUGAGAGGCCCCGAGGCCACCUUGGGGUCUGGGGUGGGUCCACUGGAAGGUGCUUCCCCAGAACUUCCCUGGCUGCCAGCUUGUGGGUGGAGCCCCAGCAGGAAGGAGGGGAGCCCUGCACCUUCUGUCCCGGGGACCUUCCAGGGACCUGCUUGUUGCUCAAGGGCCAGGGUUCUAAUAAAGCUGCUGGCACUGCUGGGAA